UUAAGAAAGAAUGUACUGUAAAAAAGAUUGAAAAGCUUUGGAUCAGAGUCCUCACCAACAUCUUCCUAGUUCCUAGGCCUAAAUUUCUGCCUAUAUAAUUUCUGUCUGUCUUUUUCCCCAGAAAAUCCCCUAUCUGAUCUGCUGCUUCAAUUCCUUUCAGCCAUGGUCAUUCCAGCGGACAGUGAGGUUCCCAGUGGGUGGCCACUCCGGCUAGGAAACAUGAAUAUUAGGCUGAGAUUGUUGGAGACAUCUCGCGCCACGGCCACGGCCACAUAUUCUUCCCCAAGUUUCUCCUCACUUUCCUCUUCAAAUCUCGACACCGAGUCCACGGCAUCUUUCUUCCCGGACCGGAGCGUGUCUCUGGGGCGGCUGAUCGGAAUUAGGCCGGGAAAACCGUUGCAGUUUCCGGGGAAGGUGCAGGUGGAGGGGAAUCAGAGUGGUAUUGAUUACAGAAGAUCGCAUUCAGAAGGUGGAAAGGGAGGAGAGGGGGAGGGGGAGGGGGUGUGUGUUCCAUUGUUGCAGAAUGUUAUGGGGAAGAUGAGUCGCAGUAAAAGCAGCACGAAGCUGAGAAUGUUCCACAAUUAGCCCGCCCUGCAGAUUCAUAUCUAGCCAUACUGGCGGGGGAUGAUCAUCAUCGAUAUGAUUCUGCUCUUUUGUUUUCUUGUUUCUGUAUUUGCUGUAUGUUCUGCAUUUCUGCUCCCUUGAGCAUAAUAAAAUAUCCCCCCUGCCCUCAUAAUAUUGAAUUCAA